AUGAUAGCAAUAAAUUACAUACGUUUAAAUAAAUCAAGAUUAAUGUUAUUGCUCAUUGGAUGUGCCAAAGCAAUUGCAGUAGCAAAGAUGGUCAAUAAAAGUAGAAAAAGUGACAAUUAUGAUAUGAGUGUGGUACUAAGGAUACCGAAAGUAGGAUUUGGUGAAAUGUCCGAAAGUCCUACCAAAAGUCGAAAAUCAUACAGAAAGUCUCAAUUUUCGAACAUAUCACGAGACACAGACUUCGACAAAGGUCAAUCAUAUCUUGACAUAGAUACUUUUAAAAUCGUCGCAUCCCAAAAUAUUAUCUGUCAAGAUAUGAUAUCUUUGUCGAAGUUUACAUCACGUGAUAUGCUUGAAAAUUGA